AUGACUACGACUACCGGACAGAAGCGCAAGCGUGCCCCAGAAGACUCGGCCACCGUCGUCAAGUCCAAGGUCCUGAUAGCCUCGCUCGCAUCGAGCCGGGACAUCGCGUCCGAGGUGGUGCCGGCGCCGGACGAGAUGGGGCCGCAGCUGCAGCGGAUCGCGGCGUCGAACCGGACGCCGUUCGAGAAGAAGGUCUGGAGCCUGCUGUGCCAGAUCCCGCCGGGCCACGUGUCGACGUACGGCCUCAUGUCGGCGCACCUGGGCUCGUCGCCGCGCGCCGUCGGCAACGCGCUCCGCCGCAACCCCUUCGCGCCCCAGGUCCCGUGCCACCGCGUCGUGGCGACGGGCGGCGCCCUGGGCGGCUUCAAGGGCCACUGGUCGACCAACGGGGAGGGCAUCACCAUCGAUGAGAAGAAGAGGCUCCUGCGGAAGGAGGGCGUCAAGAUCGAUCCGGCGGGGAGAGUGCUCGGGACGCCUUGGUCAGGGUUUACCUGA